UCCCAUCCUACGGUAACCCUCUCAGGCCGAGGGCUUCUCCUGAGCUCCGUUAACAGGCCACCCAAUAGGGGCCCACCCUUAAGGCGUCCUGGGCCCACGCCAGCCGGUAGACCCUCAGAGGUGACCUCUGACCCCUGGUGUUUAUCUUGGUGCAGCCCCUGGUGUGGGCAGAGGGGGCGGCCAUGGAGCUAGGCAGCUGCUUCAAGACCUACGAGGACUUCAAGGAGUGCUUCAGCGCCUACAAAAAGGAGAACAGGUGCUCCUUCAUUCUCAGGGACUGCGUCUCCGUCCGCUUCCACAACCUCAACCACGGCACCUCCAUCCGCGAGGACAUCCUAUAUGUGCAGGUGAAAUUUGUCUGUGUUCGGACCCAGUCAAACAGGAAGAGAACAGCAGCGGCAGCUAUGUGCCCAGCAUACUUGCUCCUGCGGUACAAUGAGAAACUGGAUAGGCUGUUUAUCAGUGAACUCAACACACAGCAUAUACACGUUGACUCCAAAACCGCGGGUCUUAGAGGAGACGCCACUGGCAAAUCUCAGAAGAAACUCCAGCCUGCACAGCCCAUGAUCAACAAAGACCUUGGCACAGCUGAGAAGUCCCUGUUUGAGCCAUCAUUUUGCUUAGAUAAGGUCCAAACACCCUCAAAGCCAGAGCAGGAGGGCAUCACUCCUUCUGACCUGGCCAAGAUAGCCAAAGUGAUGAAGAACUUUCUUAAGGUGGAUGUGGGUUCCAUGGCCUCCUUCAGUGUGGGCAGCAGCCAAGACCUGGACAGGCUCAGCUUCCAGAGCAGCAAGAUGAGCGACCUCUUCAUCCGCUUCCCUGAGAAUCUCUUGCUGCACCGGGUGGAGAAUGCCCAGGGCCACAUCCUCUACGCUUUCUUGGUGGAGAGCAAGGAACGAGAGGGGCGAGUGGUACACUUCGCGGUGCUCAAGUCCGAGACGGCCACCUCCGUGGCCAAGAUGCUGAGUAUCUUUACAGAGUUCAACUCAGAUUGGCCCAAGGUCAAGGUGGUCUUCGUGGACCCGUCCUUCCCUCAUCGAGCCAUCCUGCAGGAGAUCUUCCCUGCUGCCCGCAUCCUCCUCUCCAUCUAUCACACGACCCGACUCUUGGAGAAGAAGUUGCAUCGUAGUUCAGCAGAUCCAUCCUUUAAAAGGCUCAUGAAAGAAGCCCUGCGGGAGGCCGUGUUUGUCACUUCUGAGGCCAGCCUGCAAAAUCUCUGCCAGAUGUCCCAAGCCCUGCUCAACGAGCAGCUCUUCAGCUUCCUUCAGGCCCACUGGUUCUCGUGUGAACUGCUGUGGUACAUGCACGUCAGGAAGGGCCUGCACGCCUGUAACACCUACAUGGACAGCCUGGACGUCGUCACCAGCAAGGUGUCGAGCCUCUUCCGGGAACAGCAGUCCCUGCUGGACUGCAUCCUCCGCUUUGUGGAUUACAUAGACUUCUUUAACACCAAAGGCUUGAAGAACUUUCCCACUGCUCCCCCCAGGUUAAAGAGAGCCCGGUCAGCAAGCAAGACACCAAAGUCCAAGAAGGCUUCUGGAAUCUGCGGAGGGAGCUUCAUCAGGCUGCCCGUGCAAGAGGCACAGCCAGAGCUGCAGCAGGUGCGGGCGCCGCAGCAGCAGCCCCAGGGACAGCCCUCCCAGGGCGGCAUGCUAGACUCCUUACUCCAGAGUGGCUCCGAUCUGGCCUACAAGCUAUGCCACAAUGAGUGGGCGGUGGUACAGAACUCCACGCACCUGGUGGACGUGGCUGGCUGCUCCGUGGACGUGCAGCUGCUAGAGGACUCCCACCAGGCGAGCAAGGACGGCUGCAGCUGCAGCUGCUCCUUUCAACAGCGGUACCACCUGCCAUGCCGGCACAUUUUGGCCCUGCUGCACACCAGCCAGAGGCCCGUGGGCGAAGCCAUGGUGUGCCGCCGGUGGCAGAAGAAGUACCAGCACCUCCUCGGGCCCAGCGGGGAGCUCCGGGACCCUGUCCUGAUACCGAACGCAGGCCAGCCAGGGGAGAAAGGACGGAACGACAUGAUUCAGGACCUAAGCAGGGAGCUCGCGAACCUGCUGAUGCAGAGUGAGGGACCAGAGCUGGAGGAGCGCUGUUCCACCUUGCGCAAGAUUGUGGACAUCUGGGCGGCCUCCUGCCAGCCUCCUGAGCCCAGUCAGCAGCUGGGGGACUUCAAGGAUGUGGGCCGCCUCCCUUUCCUCUGGGGAAAGCAGGAGGAAGGGGAGGGACUCGCUCCUCCUGGAGCCACAAUUCACGAUUGAAGCACCUGCACUGGCGCAAUGGGCCACAGACCACUCUCCCUGGAAGUCUGAGAGCUCAAAGCAGGCAGGACAUGCUAGGUGUCAGCGUUUUAACCAAUGUCUUCCUAGGUAGGGUGAGGAAAAUUGUUCCAACAGGAAGAAGAAGAGCCCCACUGUGUGACAGUCCUUUGAAUCUACCCCUUUUCUGCCCUACCUUUGAUUUUCCUCGGGAGCCUCAUUCAUUGUUCAAGGCCAAAGUUAUCUCCAUGCUGAAGGGUCGUCCCUCAUUCUCCCUCAACCCCUGAAUUUAGAUCUUAUUCACUACAUAGAGAUGAAACCCUGCCCCAGGUUAGGGUGAGAUAAAACGGACCUGAUAGAAGAGCCUGGUUUCGGGGAUGAAAGGAAGGAGGGUGAUCCUUGGCUGUUGCUGCUCUUUACAAAGAAUUUGUUGUUUGUACCUAUUUUUAUUCAUAUUAAAGUUUUUGUUUUGUU